AUUACUUCACAUUUUUAAUGCCUUUAUGUUUGCAUUUUAGCUUUUCAUGAAAGUAAUUUGAGCUCAUUUUUGGAAUCUGGAUGGCUAUUUAUAUAGGUAUGAAUUGAUACCAAUUUAAUGGAUUCCAAGAUUUUCACGUCCGAUCCAAUCUUACAAACGAAAGGCUAGAGUUUACCGUCUCAUUGAACAUGUCGGGAGCUUCUUUGGACACGGAUCAUCCUACAGAUGAAGGGAAAAUCAAAACAGCAGCACUUGAAGACGUGAAAUUGGAGGAGGAAGUCAAAUCAGCGACAAUUGAGGAAGUGAAAGAGGACGGUCCACUCUUCCAAUGUAAUCUAUGUGAUGCAGAAAUGGUUCAGAAGGUAGCGGACGAAUUCCUUCCAGGAUUAGCCUCAGCCUGUAUUGACAACACGACUGGCGGUCUAUUGAAUAGCCCCGCUUCUGUUGCUGUUAAUAUUAGAAGAGAAAUGGUGGACUAUCUUGUCCGGAGAAGCGAGAUGUUUGUUGCUGAAUCUGUUGUCUUAGAAGGUGACGCGGUUACUGAAGUACUGUCGGAUAAUCCUCAUGAUAUUAUAUCAGAUUUUAUUGAUGAUUUUGGGCAGUCUAAGAGGAAUUUUUUCAGCAGAGUAUCAGCAUGGUUGCUAAGUGAAAGGAGAGAGGAAAGGAUAGACGAUUUCGUACAAGAAAUGGAAGUAAACGGCUUUUGGUUGAUGGAAAGGCGGAUAGCAGUGGCGCAAACAUUGAUAAGGAAUAUUGACUUUAAGGGCAAUUACCACUGCAAUAUGAAGUUUAAAUCUGAAGAAGAGGUUUCAGAACAUAUCGCCAUGUGCAGUUUCAGGGAAUUGAACUGUGAAAAUGAGGGAUGUAAUGCGCGAUUUAGUGCAGCUCAGUUGGAACUGCACGACUCGACUUGUCCUUUUAAAACACUUCAAUGUGAGCAGAAAUGCCCGGAAACGCUCAUGAGGCGCGAAAUGGACAGGCAUUGUAUAACUGUAUGUCCAAUGAAACUUGUUAACUGCCCUUUCUAUCCAGUAGGAUGUGUAUCUACUAUUCCUCAAUGCACAACGGACCAACAUCGUCUCGAGAAUCUGCAGUCGCACUUAAUCUGCAUCUUAAAACUUAUUCACAAGGAUGCAUCUUUUGAGGCUUUGAAGAAAAGGACUGAACAAUUGUUGGAGGCAUCGUCACCUGGACGGCUGGCAACUGCUCGUGAUGCAAGAUCAUUAACUGUCGCGAUCAAGAGUAUUGACACAAAGCUCGGACCCUUAGAAGUUGAAGAAGAUACAGAGGUCAAUGCCGAGGGUGCUGAGUUGAACGACGAAAAAGAAGACAUCACUGAUCUAUCUACCAAGAAAAAUUGUUCUAUGGACUUGUCUCAUAAUGAAGAGCGGUCUUCUGACUUAUCAAAGAGUCAGAAUGAUUCCACAGCUUCACACAACAAAAUAGAGUCAAUUGUCAAUCCAGAGAAUGUCGUGGAACCGACAGUUCAAAUGGAUUCAUCAACUAAUGAACACUGUGAGAAUGCAGUUAAAAAUAGGAGCCCGGGACCUCUAACAGAAAAUAAGGUCUCGAAAUCACCUGAAAAAAGUGGAGAGUCUCUGAGCACAUCCAAAGAACAUCAAGAUUUCACAACUUCAGCACACAAAUUAGAGUCAUCCAAAAGUAAAGAGACUCCCAAAUCGCCCAAGAAGCAUCAGGUCGUACCAGCUUUUGAAGACAAAAAAGAGUGACGCGCCAAAACUAAGGACUUCGCGGAACAAAUGAAUCUCAGGCAGUGAUCAACAAUAUAUUGGCACCUGACUAAGGAAGAUUUAAGAGAAUCAUUGUUGGAAAAGGAAAAGAGCCAAACGGUCCCCUAUUAAGAGUGAAUGCAUGUGUAGCAACCAAAUGAAGUAAAGAGAACACAGAUUUUCUAAGUGGAAGACUGAGCACCUUCAAAAAUAGAAGGUUAUUUAUUGACAGAUAUAAAAAUUUUCUUGUAUAGUUGAUAACUAGCUAGUUUUUUGCUUGCUUAUUCAUUUUCGCAUGAGCGUAAUUUCAUCUUUCCUUCUUUUGUACAAGACAGAUUUAUGUUUUUUCAUUGGCAUUC